UUCUGAUUUGGUGGGGGUGGUGAUUGCGGGAUACUCGGUUGUUCCUGUAAUGGCGGAACGCGGAGAGUCCGAGGCUGAGAGGAUGGCUCAGCAGCAGCAAGCUUUGAGAUUCCGUGGACCAACACCUCCACCAAGUGCUGUCUUGAGAGGCCCACCGCCCCUUUUGCGUCCUCCUCCACCCUUUGGUAUGAUGCGUGGGCCUCCUCCACCUACGCGCCCUCCCUUUGGUCGGCCCCCCUUUGAUCCUAGUAUGCCUCCUAUACCACCACCAAGUGGUAUUCCUCCUCCUUUAGGACCUCCACAUCUCCAGAGACCACCUUUCAUGCCCCCACAUAUUGGAAGCAUGCCUCCUCCUGGAAUGUUGUUUCCCCCUGGAAUGCCACCAGUGUCCUCCCCAGGAACAACUCCAACUCCAACUCCCAGUCAAACCCCUGCCCCCACACAGGCACCGUCAUUGCCACAAAAUGAAGAGAUUUGGGUUGAAAAUAAAACUCCAGAUGGAAAGGUUUAUUUUUACAAUGCCCGCACUCGUGAGUCUGCAUGGUCUAAGCCUGAUGGAGUGAAGGUCAUCCAGCAAUCUGAGUUGACACCAUUGAUGUCAGCACAGGCCCAAGCUCAGGCGGCCCAAGUUCAAGCACAGGCUGCUCAGGCCCAAGUACAGGCAGCCCAGGCUCAAGCGCAGGCACAAGCACAGGCAGCCCAGGCCCAAGCGCAGGCACAUGCACAGGCUGCUCAGGCCCAGGCUGCUCAGGCCCAGGCUGCUCAGUCACAGGCUGCUCAAGUGCAAGUACAAGCGGCCCAGGCUCAAGCCCAGGUACAAGCUGCUCAUGCUCAGACUGUCACAGGUGCCUCUCCUACAACUAGUAGCCCCUCACUGUUGGUAUCUACAGCAUCUUCAACCAGUCAGUCCACUUCAACAAGUACAACUACAUCAAACUCUGUUUCACAGGUGGUUCCCAGUUCAUCUGUGUCGGAGCCAACUCAGAGCAUUUCUGUUUCAACAACAUCUUCUGUCAGUGUUGCCACAUCUGCUCCCACAGUAUCUUCAGUGCAAACAUUGUCCCAGCAACUGUCCCAGACGUUGUCCCAGACGUUAUCCCACACAGUUCCUCAUGCAGUGGCACAACCAACAGCAGCAUUAUCUGCUUUCCCACCAGUAAUGGUGCCACCAUUUCGUGUUCCUCUCCCUGGCAUGCCCAUACCACUUCCAGGUGUAGCAAUGAUGCAAAUAGUCAGCUGCCCGUAUGUAAAGACAGUCGCUACCACCAAAACCGGUGUGUUGCCUGGAUUAGCUCCUCCCAUUGUACCCUUGAUCCAUCCACAAGUAGCUCUUGCUGCUUCUCCUGCAACCUUGGCAGGAGCAACGAUAAUGGCUGAAUGGUCAGAAUAUAAAACUACAGAUGGCAAAACCUAUUAUUACAAUAAUAGGACUUUAGAGUCAACGUGGGAAAAACCACAUGAAUUGAAAGAAAAAGUUAAAGAAGUGGAGAAGGUGAAGGAGCCUGCAAAACCAGAACCAGUCGUAGAAGAUCCUCAGCCCAUGGAUACAGAAGAGGAGGUGCCAAAAGAAGAACCUCCCAAGGAGAUUAAGGAGGAGCCAAAAGAGGAAGAGAUGACUGAGGAAGAAAAAGCUGCCCAAAAAGCCCGUCCUGUAGCUACGACCCCCAUUCCUGGCACUCCAUGGUGUGUUGUUUGGACUGGUGACGAGAGAGUGUUCUUCUACAACCCUACAACACGCCUCUCCAUGUGGGAUCGUCCAGAAGACUUGAUUGGAAGGGCAGAUGUUGACAAAAUCAUUCAAGAGCCUCCCCAUAAAAGGGGAAUGGAAGAUGGAAAAAAAUAUUUUAAAGAAGACCAUGAACCCAUAGAAGAUCCUAAUGAUGAUGAUGAACCUGUAAAAUCAAAAAAGCGAAAGAAAGAUGAUACAGAAUCUGAUAAAGAGACUGCCAUGGAGGCAGAAAUCAAAGCUGCCCGCGAACGGGCCAUUGUUCCCCUGGAUGCCCGAAUGAAACAGUUUAGAGAUAUGUUGCUGGAGAGAGGGGUUUCAGCAUUUUCAACCUGGGAAAAGGAGCUUCACAAGAUUGUAUUUGACCCUCGUUAUUUACUGCUUAAUACUAAAGAACGGAAACUGGUUUUUGACCAGUAUGUGAAAACGAGGGCAGAAGAAGAACGCAAAGAAAAGAAAAACAAAAUUAUGCAAUCUAAGGAUGAUUUCAAAAAAAUGAUGGAAGAUGGAAAGAUUAAUUCAAGAACUACAUUUAGUGAGUUUGCAGCCAGAUACGCCAAAGAUGCCCGGUUCAAAGCCAUUGAAAAAAUGAAAGAUCGUGAAAUAUUAUUUAAUGAAUUUAUGGUUGCUGCAAAGAAAAAAGAAAAAGAAGAUUCCAAAAACAAAGGGGAUAAGGUGAGAGUGGACUUUUUUGACUUGUUGUCCAACCUCCAUAUAGAUGGCCAAUCCCGCUGGAGUAAAGUAAAAGACAAAAUAGAAAAUGAUCCACGUUACAAAGCUGUGGAAGGUUCAUCAACAAGAGAAGAGCUUUUUAAACUGUACAUUGAAAAAAUAGCAAAGAAUUUAGAUACUGAAAAAGAGAAAGAACUUGAAAGACAAGCACGCAUUGAGGCAAGUUUACGUGAAAGAGAGCGGGAGGUACAGAAAGCACGCUCUGAGCAAACCAAGGAAAUUGACAGAGAGAGAGAGCAACACAAACGAGAGGAAGCUAUCCAGAAUUUCAAAGCUCUUCUUUCUGAUAUGGUACGAUCCUCAGAUGUUUCAUGGUCUGAUACGAGGAGGACAUUGCGAAAAGACCAUCGUUGGGAGUCUGGCUCAGUACUAGAAAGGGAGGAGAAGGAAAAACUGUUCAAUGAACAUAUUGAUGCCCUUACUAAAAAGAAGCGUGAGCAAUUCAGACAACUCCUUGAUGAAACAUAUGCAAUUACAUUAACUUCUACUUGGAAAGAGGUAAAGAAGAUAAUUAAGGAAGAUCCUCGGUGCAUAAAGUUUUCUUCCAGUGACCGGAAAAGACAAAGAGAAUUUGAAGAAUAUAUCAGAGACAAAUAUAUUACCGCCAAAGCUGAUUUCAGAACACUUUUAAAGGAGACUAAAUUUAUUACAUACAGAUCUAAAAAAUUGGUUCAAGAAUCUGAUCAAUAUCUGAAGGACGUUGAGAAGAUUUUGCAGAAUGACAAACGAUAUUUAGUACUUGACUGUGUGCCAGAUGAAAGGCGCAAACUCAUUGUAUCCUAUGUAGAUGACCUUGAUAGACGCGGCCCACCUCCACCACCAACAGCCUCAGAGCCUGCAAGGAGAUCCACGAAGUGACACGAAUACUUGAAACAGACUGGUAUAUGUGCUUUCAUACAAAUUGCAUGAGACACCCUGGCAUCUUAUACCAGUUCCUUCUACUGAAAUUAACUAAACCGAAAAUCAACAGGGAAAAUUGUGAAGGACACAAACGGCAUUUAUGGACAUUAAUGGUUAUCUGUACAACACUCUAGAAAUGUAACCUAGUGCUUGUGUAUCACAGCUGUCAUACUUUCUUGAUUUCCCCAAAUCUGUCUGUCAGGUUUUAUAUUUUGUCAUGGAGUCACAUGUAUGAUAUGGUAGCAUUUCAAAUAAAAAGUAUUCUAGUGAUUUUAUGAUUCCCAAUGAAACAAGAAGCUUGUCAUAAAGCUGUGUAUUUAAGCCUUUUUGGUAGGCUGUGGAAUAAGUUGAUAAACCUUUUUGUCACUGCUGGAGUUGAGAUGAGUACAUCAUUUUUAAUGCACUGUAAAGAACAGCAGCUUUGGAGCCAGUAAACUAAGCGUUUAUUCUGCAGCCUAAUUAAAUAUAGCCUAUGAAGCUAGAGAGGCUUGUCCCUAAAAUGUGUCAGUUAAGACAUAAUUAGAAAGAGGCCUUCAUUUAUUGCUACCAAAACAACUGUGGUAGUUUUUUUUUUGUUUUUUUUUGUAUAAACAUUUUUUUUUUUUUUAAAUAUCUACCAUGAAGUGAUCUUCAUAUUUUUUUGCAAUAGAGGGUGAAUUGCUCAUCUGGGUAAUUCUUGUAAAACUGUAUGAUCCCGUUUUGAAUGUUAAUUUGUGUUUCUAAAAUGUUUCAUUUUGAAAUGUUGGAUUUGUUCAGUUUAUGUAUUUGAACUACAAUAAAUCCUUUUUUAUAUA